AUGGAUCAAAACCCGGAGCCAGAACAUAAGCCUAGGGUACUACAUGAAACUGCCUUUCAAAGAUUCACCAUUGGCUCAAAUUCAAUGAAUACAAUGACCCAGUUCCUGGAAGCUCGCAGACAAAUGGAGGCGCAAGUUUCCACUAUCAUGUCUGAGUUUGCCGAUGGAUGGACGAAGACACUGAACAAGACCGUCGAUCUUGAGUAUGGAACAAUGCGACACCUAUGGCAGCUGAUCAUUGAGGAGAAUCUGAAGACUGCACAUAUUCACGAUCGUGUGAAGAAUGAGCUCGGAUCCUAUGACGGUCCACUUGAAAAAUUACGCGCCUACAUGAAGUCACCAAUCCAUCAGAAAGCUGAGAGGAUCCUCCAGUUGUACAAAGAAACUCAGGAUAGGCAUAAGAUCAUCCAGGAGAGCAUCAGCACAGCCAAAAGGAUUUAUCAUGAGAGGAUGAGGAGACUUGAAGAUGCCAAGGAAGAGAUGGAGCGAAAGAAGUACCGCAGCAAGACUUCCAAAAAGUAUCGCGAGCUGGACUCCAGGAUACUUCGUCUUCAAGACGAUGCUGACAGAGCACGCUUCCAGUACCUGCAGCGUCUGCAACAGGAGAAAGAAGAAAGACCUCUCUAUCUCAAAAGCAUGAAGAAAGUAAAGCGUGACUUUGACAGACUUGAGAAGGAAAGACUCACACAUGUGAGGAACAUAUUCCAGGAAACUGUUAAGAUUUCUGAGCUUCAAGAUGACAGGAGUAGCAGAGAGACAUACACAAGUGAGCUGCGCCAGAGCCUGAACAACCUCAAACUGGAGCAGGAGAUACUGAAGUAUGAUAAGGUGUUCCUCAAAGACUAUGACAUCCCAAGCUUCCAGGAGUAUGUCCCUCACCAAUUUGACAAUGAGGAAGAAGAGCAAGAGAAGUCUGAGGAAGAGCAGGAAUCUCAAAUCAUUGUGGAAGCUACAGUAGAGAGCUUGACUCCCACAGAUCUGCUUCCAAAUCGUCCCACUCUGCCACCACUGCAGCACCAGACUGCCCCAGUAGCACAGGACCUCAAGGAUGACCAGCUGUGGUGGGCACAGAUCAGGCCCACAAGGAGAACAAUAGAUCCACUCACAUCCCCUCCACCCACUACACUCAGGGAUGUUGCAACUGCCUUUGUUGAGAAGAAACUGAAACGUCGCAGAAAGUCACCUGAAGCUUCCUCCAGUGAGGACGAACAUGUUCCAUUCUAUGCCCCUGGUGGAACAUCUAAGAUGACAAACGUAAAAGUCAAGGUCAUUCGUCACUACAAUGGAAAGGGUCCAAAAGAUCUGAAAGAUCUCAAAAUUGGUCAGACGAUCAAGCAGAAGACAACAGCCAAUGAACAUGGCAUGGCCUAUGGCUGGAGACGAUCUUCACGCACCGGGCGUAAGAAGUAUGGCAUGUUCCCUGUGGAAUGCACUGAGCUGAAGCCAAAGACAAAGUCAACACUCGCCAACCGCCUCUUUAACAUUACUUUCAGAAAGUGA